UCGAUCAUAAUGAAUUUAUUUCAAUUAUAUAAAAUAUAAAAUAUUAUUUCAUAUAAAAUAUGAAAAAAUUUAGUCCAAAUAAUCAAAUAGAACUUUGUAAACCAAAAGUUACUGUUCCUAAAGCACGUCCACCCCUAAGAAGUGAAUGUAAUGUAAGUGAAGAAAUCAAUUCUUUUAAAAAUUCUAAAAAUUUAUUGGUAAAUAUGUACAAAACUAAGCAACAAAAUCAAGAAUUUCGUAGUGUUUCUGAUUUUCAAUAUACUGAUGAUGAUGAUGAUGAUGAUGAUGAUGAUGAUGAUGAUGAUAAUGAUGAUAAUGAUGAUAAGGUUAAUGAUGAUAUUGAAAAAAAUAAUUACAUAUUUUUAAAUAACUCAAAAGAUAUACCAGAAUAUUUCAAUACUUCACAUAAUUCAACAGCAAAUCAAUCUUUUAAUAUUACUCCACAAAAUUCCCCUUCUACAACAAUAUAUAGACGAAAUUAUCAUAAAUUAAAUGCAUGUUCUAAUGUUGAUAAAGAUUCUUUCUCUUAUAAAGAACAAAAGCAAAUUGUAGAAGGGUUUUUUUCAAAUUGUUUCAAAUUGCUUUUGGGUAUUAUUUUAUGCUUUUUAUUUCUUUUUAUGCUCUUAAAUAUUCAAACAAAAUCUCAUAAAAAUUCAGAAACAAUUAUUGAAACAAAAAAAGUAAAUUUAACUGAAAUGAAUAACAUAUUAGAUAAAUCAAUACAAAUAAUUCAGACACGAUUUCAUAAUCAAAAAUCCAACAUUUGGAAUGAUAUAUCAGCUGGAAUAUAUGAUGUAGUUUUAUUUCCAUUAAAACCUUCAAUUAUUAUUUUGUUUGGAAAUGAAACUAGUACUUUGAAUUGCUUAGCUCAAUUACUUGGACAAUUGAGUGGCAAAAUUUUAGGUAGUAAUGAUUAUUUAAUAUUAACAGCAAAAGAUUUUCCAAAUGAUGUUGGACAAACUAUUCAUAAUUUGAAAAUUCAAAUUCUAUUAGAAAAAAAUUUGUUUUAGAUAGUACAAGAUUUAUUAAGCAUAAAUACUGAGGCAUUAAAAGCUUUUCAUAAUUUUUGUGAUAGAGAAAAACCUUUAGUUGAACAUGCUAUAUAUAUAAUAACAGUAAUUGUUGAUGGAUAUAAAUCAUCUCAAAUGGAAUUAGAAUUUAUUGAAAAGCAAAUAUUUAGAAGAUUAUCAAAAUAUAUGGAUAAAGAUAUUUUAGAUCCAUUAAUAACUAGACUUACAGAUGGAAUAAUUGUACCAAUACUUUCAGAAUCAAAUAUAAAUUUCAAUUAUGCAGAUUGUUCUAUUUAAAUAAAUUAUAAUUUCCUAACAAGUAUAAUAUAUAAUAUAUAAUAUAAUUAUUAUAUUGUAAUAAUAAAUAGUAAAAAAUAUUCAUAAUAUAUAGUAUAAAAAUAACAUGUAUAAUUUUGCUAUUGUAGAAUAUUAUAAAUAAUAUAAAUAUUGUUUAUGUAUUAAAACUAAAGAAAAUAAAGAUUUUUGUAUAUUAAUAUUCAACUUUAUUUUAUUACGUCAAAUGACAGUACAGAAAAUCAACAUUUUGAUAGAUAAAGAUUCCAAUGGAUUUGGCGGAUUCUACAAAUUUUCAAAAAAUAUAACAACAAGAUCAAUGCCUCUGGCAUGAUUUCAAUUAUGCUCUUGAAUGACAUGUUUAUGCAGCUUUAAAAUAAAGUACAAUGAAUAAAUUCACUUCAUACAUGUCAUACUGUGAUUGUAUCUUAAUAGUGUAACAUGUCCUCGGUCCUCGUCCACGUAUUGUUAUUCAUGUCUUAAAUUGCCAAUUUACAAUGCGUUUCUCCUGUAUUAUAAAUGGAAUCGCAUUAGUAGAAAAACCAAUUUAUUUCGUUUAUUUCCUAUUAUACUAGAAAAAAAUGUAUUUUUGCAAACUUAUAAACAAAUUUUUUUAACAAUUUUUCUUACAAAAUCGAAUCUGAAAUAAAUUACGAUAAUUAUUUAGUAUCAAAAUUUAGUUGCUUAUAUAAAUGAUACAUUUACAUAUAUAUUUGAGGAAGAUCAAGUAAAUUGAAUGAUAUAUCCAUAAAAACAAAUACUUGUAUAUAAUUUCUUCAACAGUAACGUUUCAAAAUAUUUUGACUAUUAUUUAUCUCAGAAUAGCAUGCGCAACACAAGAUGGUAAAUUUUUUUUCCAAUAUGCUUAUAUCUUAUUUAAUAAGCAUUUUAUAAAUUGGCAACAAAUACUCAUAAGUGUACACUUUGCUAAAAUAUCGUAUUAGCAAAAUGAUCGCUUACGAAUUUCUUAUAAUACAGUCCUCCUCUGUCGUAAUAAUUCAAGUCCGUAACUAAAA